AGACAAACGGGGGAAGAGUUAAUCGUUUGCCAUUUUCAUUGAAGUCGAAUAAAUUAAUGCAAAAAUUAAAAACUGUUUAUCCUUUAUUUAUUUACUUUUUUUGUUUUUGGUGAAAUUUGUGGAGUACAAGAAUAGUGCAGAAAGCGAUCGAAAAUGGCGUCCCUUUUCCCCUUUUGUGUUCGCAGUUGACCUCUGAACCAAAUCACCCAAUAAAUAAUCGAAGAAACCAAAGGGAGCUUCUAGGCAAAAGCAUCCACCGCGUUGAAUCCAUUGCAUCCCACCGUAAGCAGCUAUGUCGUUGCGUAGGCGAACCUUGCUCAAAGUCAUUGUCCUCGGCGAUAGCGGGGUGGGAAAGACCUCGUUGAUGAAUCAAUAUGUGCACAAGAAGUUUAGUCAGCAGUAUAAAGCUACGAUUGGUGCUGAUUUUGUCACUAAGGAACUCCAGAUUGAAGACAGACUUGUCACUCUACAAAUAUGGGACACUGCUGGGCAAGAGAGAUUCCAAAGUCUUGGAGUUGCGUUUUACAGAGGGGCGGAUUGCUGUGUUCUAGUCUAUGAUGUGAAUGUGAUGAGGUCGUUUGACACCCUUGACAACUGGCACGAGGAAUUUCUCAAACAGGCAAACCCCCCUGAUCCAAGGACAUUUCCAUUUAUACUGCUUGGAAACAAGAUGGAUAUCGAUGGUGGGAAUAGUCGAGUGGUUUCUGAGAAAAAAGCAAAGGACUGGUGCGCUUCAAAAGGGAAUAUUCCCUACUUUGAAACAUCUGCAAAAGAGGAUUACAAUGUUGAUCUUGCAUUCCUGUGUAUUGCUAAGGCUGCUCUAGCCAAUGAGCAUGAACAAGACAUAUAUUUUCAAGGGAUUCCUGAGGCAGUUCCAGAGAAUGAGCAGAGGGGUGGAUGUGCAUGCUGAUGUCAAAAUACUGCAUAAUUUUACCCACUCUCCUUAAUGCUGUAGUUCAAACUCUUCAAAUUCUUUUUGGUCAUAUAGAGUACACUGUAUGCCAUGAUUGUGGGAGUAAAUUGUGCACCUUGAGGUUGCGAUUUUGAUAAAUUGUACAAUUUAUUCUAGUCUUGUUUUGGAAAGGAUGAGCUUGAGAAUAUUGCAGUUGCAGAUAAGACAUUAAAUUGAUGAACUAACAAUCUAUUCAGAAAUUGAGAUGUGGGAUGGACAGUGUAUAUUCUGUUUGAAUGGUGCUUAGUGGACAUUAAUCUUUGUGGUGUGUCCCAGAAAUGAAUGGUUUUUGUUUCCUUUGC